GUAAUGUAGUGUGUUUCUUUAUAUUUCUAUAGAAAUCUGAUAUUAACCAAUUUAUCUGAUAGUAAACGAUUCAUAAUUUACGUUUAGUUUUCGUGUUCCUUGUAUAGAGUGUUAUAAACCGAAAACCGGUUUGUUUUUCCGUGUUUACUCGGUGACCAAAAAUAAAUUUAAACUCCAGAUUUAUUUUAAAUUAUGGAUAAAGAGAACUAUGAAACCUACGAAUUUUUGCCUGCAUCUGGAAGCAGUACAGAAGCGGAACCCUAUCAGUUCUUUGUUGUGCAAGACGAUGGAACGUUUCUUAUUAACAGACAAGUGCAAUAUGUGACUCAAGUGCAAGACACCCAGGAAGUUCUAGAGGGAGAGCAAGCUUGCACCAUGCUGGAUGUGACUCCGCAGCAGUUCUAUGUUGACAUUGACACUACCACUGAAAUGAUCUCUGUACCAGACCAGUUCAGCAUACCAGAAGGAACCAGCAACUUGUAUGCUAACAGCUACCUUUUGCAACCCGAAGCUGAGGCUCCAGUAGAUCAGGUAAAAACCAAAGUAGAACUAAAACCAGCCGUGCAAUCGCAUAAUUCUGUCACUGAAACUAAUAAGCAGGAUGCUUUGUCAGGAAAUAGCUUAACAGAGAUAACUCUGACAGAUGAGCAAUACCAUAUACUAGAACAGAAGGGCUGGAUUUUACUAGAAACUAACGAGAAGGUGUAUGUCCUAGACACUUUAGGGCUUCACGACAUAACUAAUAAUGAAAAACUAAUUCAAAAGUUGAAAGCAGAUGAUACGGCCCCUGGUGGAACUGAAGCCAGGGUAACUGAAACUGAACCCGGCCUGCUAAAGAUAGAGUAUCCGCCACUGAGUGAAAUGGCCAUGGAGCAACUGAAUUGUGCCCAGAAUGAAAGUAAAGUAGAAGAACCGUCAGAAUUAUCUCUGAUGGUGGAUGACAAUAUUGAUAAUAAAGAUCAAAUUGAGAAAUCCCAAUGGGAAGAGAAACCUAACACAGAGAAAAUAGACACUUCUAAUAAAGCUCCGGUGGAAAACCUUUACUCCGGGGUUUGUGACAACUGGAAAGAUGAGAAUGUUUUACGAAUACGUACUGACUUCUGUCUAAAAGAUAUACCAGAUAAGAUAGUAUUAGGAAAAACUAAAAAUGGAAAGAGGCUGGUUUGCCGGGUCAUCAAACCGGACGAAAAUGUUGCCAAAGAAACUGAACAUUCUGAUGCAGACAUGGAUAGCAUUUCUGACUCGAUUGGUUCUAGCGAUUUAGGUGACGACAAAUUAGACAGCAUAUUCAGGAUGUGUUUCGCGGAGAGCACCGUGAAGUACAGCACCGAGGACGUGGCCUUCGCCGAGAAGGUGAUCCGGAACCUGGUGCGGCUGCCGGCGGUCAAGCCCGCUGUGGCCAACCGCAACGUGCUCGUCACUAAGGUAGUGGUGACACAUGAAGAUGCAAAUCUCAUAGAGAGCCUGCCCACUCUGGUGACGGGGGAAGUGGUGCCCUUGGACAAAACAUGGCGAUUUCUUCACCGGCCAGAAUUAUACGCUACUGCGAAAGAUGAACUCUCACAAGCACUAGACAACUACUCUGGAGUGGACCACAACUUUCUGCACAUUCACAUCCACGAGAUUCGACUGCAAGACAUUGUGCGAACAUCUGUCACUUUGAAUAAGCGACGCCUGGAACUAUCAAGCACGCAGCAUUCAGAAAGGAUAUUCAUACCAGCUCUGCCGUUGAACGCCUCCACCAAUGUAGAGCCAGAAAACACUAUGUUCGGCUACGCUUGCGGGACUUGUGCCGCGAUAUUCAGAUCAGAGAACGACCUCAACACACAUCGAGAGACUCAUAAAAUGGAUACUGACGACAAAUUGACCAUAGACACACUAGAAGAGAAUCACAACAAAAAUGGAAUCCUUGUUCUAGCCGAUCCUCUCAAUAAAACAAGAACGUUUGCCUGUAUGCAAUGUAAUGCCAAGUUCCAAAGGUUGAACAACUGCCAGAGACACGUGAAGACCCACAUGGCGCCCGUGGACAGCGAAAACCCAGAUGACAAGAAAAGAGUUUACAAAUGUAAAAUAUGCUACAGUUUCUUCCACCAUGCUCCCACGCUGUUAAAACAUAUUAUGAAGAGCCAUAUUAAAGUGGAUAAAUAAUGUAAAAAAAA